CUAUCGGAGGGCGGUAGCCUCACUCCGACAAUCUCUAAAUUGAGCAUUUCUUAUUGUAUUUAUUUUAUCGUAAUGUGGUUUGUCAAUAACAAAACGUAUAGUAGUCGUUAGUCAUGUACAGUCUGAGCACUCAGAUACAGCAGAGACAAUCUUGUGAAGUACCCGUUUAGUUCUUUUAUUAACAAAUGUAAAUGAUGUUGAGUAUUAGCAGAAAAACCGCGCAUUGUUACUUGGAGGCCAUGAUUUUGUAGUGGAGGCAUUGUUAAGCAUUUAUAAAGCCUUCAACUCGGCCAAGCCUUGCAGAAGGAAACACAAGUCAAGAUGGCGGCCGGGACAUCUAUUCUUUUGACGAGCUGCCUGCUUCUCUUCAGCGUCUCGAAAACUGUGUGCGGCAGUGAGGACGAGGAGAGGCUGGUCCGGGAUUUGUUCCGCGGAUACAACAAACUCAUCCGCCCCGUCGAGAACAUGACGCACAGAGUGGAUGUGGCCUUCGGGCUCGCCUUCAUCCAGCUCAUCAAUGUUAACGAAAAAAAUCAGAUCAUGAAAUCGAACGUUUGGUUGAGACUG